GAAAACCCGUAAAGGUCGCGGACAGGAGGUCGACCAGGUGAGUUCGCGUCUAACAAACAAACGAAUCAACGGUCUCAUCCAUCGAAUCGUGCAGACUUUACUUGAUCGGUUUUCAAUGCUGCAAGUUUGUACUUCGUGAAUGAGUACAUGCAGUAGCAGAUAGACAGAGUUUUGAGUUUGAGUUUCUAAGUCUUCAGCGUACAUACAUACAUAUAUCUACCUCCAUCGCCGUGACCGAAUUACGGCCGUCCGUAGCGCUUACCUUGACAUUGCUUGCUGAAGUUUCCCCGUUUGUUCGUCGUCUAUUGUUGCCGUAUUUGUUACCUGAUGCUUUUCUAGCCAGAAUACAUCACGCAUACAAUCCUUUAUUUGUCCUUUUGUACGUAACGGCCAGGGAAUUUGUAGCAGCCACCUUCGACUUUCCGGAUGUACCGUACGAUUAGUUAUAACAAAACAAAAGUUUCUUAUACUUUGCAACAAUCAAAGCAAAACUAGUUGGCAGUAACAAUAUUGAGGGUCAUCAUGGAGAGAUUAUUUUCUUUCCUUUUCUUCUUAGUUCUAACAGUCACUGCGCAAAACGUUCCAUCUAACCAUAAACCAACAGAAAAUAGUGUUGGAAGUGGUAGGAUUCUAAAUUACAGUCCAUCAAGUGGUCAAGACCAAAAUACGGAUGUAAAGAUUGAAGACACGUAUUCUAAUCCAUCAAUUGAUAGGAGAUAUCAAGACACCGCUCCAUCCAACUAUAAUUUAGAUCCAGGACCAGUGGAGCAAGACAAAUAUGGAUAUGAAUUUAAAUAUCAUGACUUCGACCAAAUGACGCGGUUUUUAAGAGAAACUACAGCGAAAUAUCCUAGUCUAACAGCUCUUUAUUCUAUUGGAAAGUCCGUACAAGGCCGAGACUUGUGGGUAAUGGUGGUAUCAUCAUCCCCAUAUGAGCACAUGAUUGGAAAACCUGAUGUCAAAUAUAUUGGUAAUAUUCAUGGAAAUGAAGCCGUUAGUCGAGAAUUGCUGCUUCAAUUAAUAUAUUAUUUAGUGACGAGUUAUUCUACUGACAGUUACGCCCAGUGGUUGUUAGAUAAUACAAGAAUACACAUAAUGCCUUCAAUGAAUCCUGACGGAUUUGAGGUUUCAAAAGAAGGACAAUGUGAUACCGGACCUGGGAGAUACAAUGCCCGAGGUUACGAUUUGAACAGAAAUUUUCCCGAUUAUUUCAAACAAAAUAACAAAAGAAUGCAACCGGAAGCAGAGGCUGUAAAAGAAUGGGUCUCAAAGAUACAGUUUGUUUUGUCAGGAAGUCUUCAUGGAGGUGCUCUUGUUGCAAGUUACCCUUUUGACAACACACCAAAUUCACGAAUCUGCAAAUCUUCAGCGCUUUGCUCUUUGUUCCAGAAUUACGCAUCAUCCCCAUCACUCACACCUGACGAUGACGUUUUUAAGCAUUUAUCACUGAUCUACUCUACAAACCAUGCAAAAAUGAGCAAAGGUGUCGCCUGCAAAACAUCCAAAGGUUUUCUUAAGGGCAUAACCAACGGUGCAGCAUGGUAUCCAUUAACAGGAGGAAUGCAAGACUUCAAUUACAUAUGGCAUGGAUGCAUGGAAGUCACUCUGGAGGUGUCAUGCUGUAAAUAUCCGCCUGCUAAAGAACUUCCUAGGUAUUGGGAGGACAAUAAAGUGGCCCUUAUUAAAUUCUUAUCAGAAGCUCACAGAGGUGUUCAUGGUUUUGUCAUGGAUGAACAUGGUAAUCCAGUUGAGAAAGCUUCCUUGAAAAUAAAGACAAGAGAUGUUGGAUUCCAGACAACUAAAUACGGAGAAUUUUGGAGAAUACUUUUACCCGGAGUUUACAAAAUGGAGGAGGGUAACAAAUUUACCUCCCCAGAAAUAUUAUAAUCAUAAGCGCAAUGACGGUAAUUUUUACCGCCCCCAAAAAGUGAUACCCCAUUAUCACCGAGUACCUCAAGGCAUUGUAGCGCAUAACUCAAACGAUGGUAUACUGUCUUCAAUUUCAAAUGGAUUUAACAACUUUAUGAAUCUGUUUGGAUGAGUUUAACUAUAGCUCAGUGAUAGUCAAAUAGAUUUAGAUAAAAUUAUUUAUUUUAGAAAGUAUGAAAUUUAAAUAUAGCAAUAGAUGGUAGACAUCAAUUUAGAUGUGUACCUAUAUUUUACUAUGUAUGUUUAAAAAUAAAAUGCAAUAACUGACUA